AUGUCAUACAAAACAAGCAUUUACGAAGAUGUCAACUAUUAUUUCAAAUGCUUCAACAUAUUUUUGGCGAAAGCAAAGUGUGAAGGUGCUGAUAUGUGGAAUAGGCAAUGGGCAGGACUUCUAGCACAAUUUCAAUUCAACGCCGAUGAAGAAAUACGAAUGCUAACAAUCGGAGCUGGUGCAGGUUACAGAGAGUGUCUGAUAAUCCAACAUCUGUUAAAGAGACAUAGUAGUAUACAUAUCACCGUGGUCGAACCUGCACAGAAACCGAUUGAUGAGUUUAAGAUAAAAGCGGCAAAGAUCACAAAGGAAUUUCCCGGUGUGAGUUUUGAGUGGCACAUUCAAACGUUUGAAAACUAUCAAAAGGACCACAGAGUAUCAGACGAUGUACGCGAUGGGUCAUUUCAUCUUGUGUUCGCUGGACAUAGUUUGUAUUACAUGGACGACUGGCAAUAUGCAUUGGAUGGGAUGUACAGUCACGUUCAAUCAGGAGGGAUAUUGGUGGUUACAGUAAUAAGGGGGCAAGCUGGGGCUGGGAGACUCGCGAAGAUGUAUAGAAAGUUGGAAGGUUGCAGUUUAAACUUACAGACGUCCGAUGAUGUUAAACACCAACUAAAGAAGACCAACUCUGAGCAGAUGAUUGACCAAAACAUGUAUCGUGAAGAUGCUUAUGAUAUAUCUGACGUGUUUGACGAAUCUUCUGUAGUUGGAAAUUUGUUGCUUGAUUUUCUUAUUCAAAGACGGGAUUUUAGAAUGUCUGCCCCACAUGGUCAUCUAGAAAAGGUGUUACAGUUUUUAAGAGAAAACUCGGUACAAGAAAAUGGAAAAUAUUGGUUCUAUUCUGAUGAAGAAGAUGUGGUCGCGAAAAAAUGA